AUGCUAUUAGGAGUAGAAAAAAAGAGAAAGCAACAACAUGAAGAAGAACAAGCUGAAUCUUCAAUAGAUUUAAGAUCUCAACUUUCUCACCUUGAUGAUGAUUCAGGGAAAAGUUGUUCUGAUAGUUGCAGAGAUGUAGAUGUGGUGAGUGUUCUUCCAGAAUGUUCCACUUCUACAACAGCAGAUUCCAUGGCUGCUUUGCAGAAUGGUGGCAACAGAAGAUCAAAGGAUCAUUCUUUAUGCACGACGCAGAACCAGUUCAUCGAGGAUCAUCAUGGUUUAGAUUAUGACAGUGGACAUGACAACAUGAGUGUGUCCUCAUCAAUCUUUGAGUUUCAGAAGACCGAACGGGAGCCGCAAAGGGUUCCCCUUGGUCCAUUCUCUAAGCCAGCUCCAUCUAAAUGGGAUGAUGCCCAGAAAUGGAUAGCUAGUCCUACUGCGAAUCGGCCAAAGGCAGGGCUGGCUGGCCAAGGGGUGGGAUCAAGAAAAGAGGGUAAUGUUGGUUACGGGAGACAGUCGUCUUCUAAGGUGGUUGUUGAAGUUCCAGAUCAAAGGAUGGUUCCUUUCGAAGAGCCAGAUACAAAACGGGUCGAUAUGAAUCAUGCCAAGAAGGAUGAUGGGAUGCAGAAGUUCGUGAAUUGGGAGAGUGAUUCAUACCCGGUGACCGGUUGUGGAUUCAUAUGGGAAGCCUGUACUGAUGAUUGA